AUACAGAAUCGAACGCGUGCUGUUGCUCCAGUUUCUCGCUUGCAACCGUCUACACGUUUCGAUAACUAGCAAGCGCUUACCUCGUUCACAUCAUUUUCUUUUUGCACAAAAUUUCUCGGACAUGCUCUGACUCGAUGUUCUUCUCUUUGUAAUAGUAUGCAUCCUAGGACGAACCACACUGUCAUCUUCACGGGUGCACCGCAGCUACUGCUCUCGAUGCACUUCCUAUUCUACCGUUAUUCCACCUUGUCCGCGACGCACUUGAGCCCAUUCAUCAGUAGCAUUACCCUUCGAUGGAAUGUCCUAGGUCUAUUGACGAUAUUCCCAACCUGCCUAGCACGUCCAAAAAAAAAACAUCAAUGGUUCAUUUUAGGCCUGAAGUAUCCAGUUCACCGGUUCUCCUGAAGAGACUGAAGCUGGUGAGAUAAUGCGAGCGAUGCAUUUGUAACCGCAGGUUCGCCAAUAUGUGUUUUCAAAAGCCAA